AUGCAAGUCGUAAAUCCAAUUGCCGCCACCAUACUUCACCUCCUCCGCACCGCAGCAAUGCUUUGCAUGGGGAUUAUUUUCCUGCACCUCGCUCAUAGCGAGCCAAAGAUUGAGUACUAUGCAUUCUAUGCUGGAGCACACGCAAUUGUGAUGGGCACUUUUAGGGUGCUUACCUUAAGAAGCAUUUAUCGCAAUGCGCUUACGAAGAGGAAUGAGGCAACGGAACCCCAGUCGAGCGCAGAAACUGCGCGCGAAACUACUGGGACGGAGGGCAUUUUGGAAGAUGCGAAGCCUCGAGGAGUUUCCGAGAAUGCUGAUUUGUUGGUGUGA